AUCGUCAGAUUUUAGUUAACUGAUUGUAAUGUGCUUUCUUAAAUCUUUAUUAGAACGUUGGUAUUCGUCGCAACGUUCUAAAAAAAAAAUACCUAAAAUACUAAAAAAAAAAUCAUAUAUGGAUAAUCACCUCCAACAUUUUAAAAUUACGUACCAUUAUGAAAUAAGGGUGAAAAUCCUACAACAGUUACUUUUCUGACGUAGGGAAAACACAUUUAUGUACAAAUCUCAAUAAGAUAAUAAAACAAAAGUUCAAUAUUAUAAAAGUUUCCCCAGAUUAGUGCAUAAAACUUUAGAUUGAGACAAAUAUUAGGCGUAAUUAACUAUAGGAUCUAUUUCAAAAAGAGAUUGAGAAUCAGAUAUUAUGAAAAGUUGUAAUUAAACUAUUAAACUUAGAUUUUUAAAUGUCUAGUUAAGAUCAUGCAUAGAGUCACUUAAUGUAUUAAAAGUCAGAUAUGAAAAACUUACAUUUGUCUUCUAUAAACAAAUUAAAGUCAACACUGAUCCAAAGAUAAAAAUAUAUAUUCAAACCCCUUGCUAUUCGUAAAUGAUAGUAUAUUUUGUUUUUGCCAGAUAAACAUAGAUAAAGAAGUUGAACAUUUGAUGCUAGAAUUAGAUGGUUACCAUAAAAUAAAAUGAUGUUACUUCUUAGACUAUCCCAAAAUAAACGGACAAAUUUAAAACAUCUAUAAAUAUGUCUGACUGCAUUAAAUCUUCCCAUUUUACAUAUUCCUUACCAAAACACUCUCUUUGACUAAAAAUCUAUAAUAGUAUCUAAUCUAUAUUGGAGGAUCCAGAGGUUGAAGGGUACCUAAAUCCUAAAUGUUGCAAUCUAUUAUUAACUAAAAAGAGAGUAGAAUGCAAUCAUCUAUUGGAAAAGCCUUUCAACUUUUCUGUUUUCUUGUUAUUUUAAUUGUUAACCAUGUGUGUUGGAUCCAAGCACAAGGCAACUCCGAUGUGAAUCCCACAGUGAGCAGAUCUGCGGAUCCAUUUCUUUUGUCUACAAGCUUACCUGUGGAGACGGCCUUCACGUUUCCAUCUGCUUUACCUGUUAUCCCUUCGGGUGGUGGAAAUUUUGGGAAAGGAAGGAUAGAUCUGGGAGGUCUUGAGGUGAUCCAAGUCUCCAUCUCAACCUCAACAUCACAGAGAGUAUGGAGGACAUACGAGGGAGGGCCCAACAGCAUGGGACUCACUAUCUUCCAACCUAUCAAUCUUCCUCCCAGCUUUUUCACUCUUGGCUUCUAUGCGCAACCCAACAACCGUCUGCUUUUCGGCUGGGUUCUUGCUGCAAGAGACGUCUCUGGAAAUAGCUUGAGGCCACCCGUUGGCUACGUUGAAGUCAUAAACACUACAUCAAUGAAUAUCAACCAAGACGGGGCUGCUUAUUUUUGGCAGCCCCUAUGUCCCGAUGGGUAUCAAGCGGUUGGUCUAUAUGUCACUACUUCUCCUCUGAAGCCCUCGUUAAGUCAAGAAUCCAUAAGCUGCGUUCGAUCCGAUCUUACGGAACAGAGUGAAACGGAUACAUGGGUUUGGGGGACAAACGAAAUGACUCUUUCUAGUUUGAGACCGGCCAACAGAGGAACAGAAGCAACAGGUGUGCACACAGGGACAUUCAGCUGCCAGCCACUAAGCGUCCCUCCCCCUCCUCCUCCUCUGUUCUGCUUGAAAAACACAAAAUUUGACUUGUCUAGCAUGCCAAGCCAUAACCAAACUAGCGUUUUGUUUCAAUCGUAUUCUCCUUGGAUAUAUUUGCAUCCAGAUGAAGAUUUUCUUCCUUCCUCUGUCAAUUGGUUUUUUUCUAAUGGUGCCCUGUUAUUCCAGAGAGGCAACGAAUCCAACCCCGUCCCUGUGCAGCCGGACGGUUCAAACCUUCCGCAAGGCGGUUCGGAUGAUGGUUUAUUCUGGUUAGACUAUCCGGUGGAUAAGAACGCAAAGGAAUGGGUUAAGAGGGGAGACUUAGGAAACACGAAAGUGUAUCUACACAUCAAACCAAUGUUUGGAGGCACUUUCACUGACAUCGUCGUGUGGAUAUUCUACCCUUUCAACGGCAACGCCCGCCUCAAGUUUUUAUUCAUCAAGAGCCUGUCACUGGGGGAUAUUGGCGAACAUAUUGGAGACUGGGAACAUAUUACGUUGCGCAUCAGCAACUUCAACGGAGAGUUAUGGCGCGCAUACUUCUCUGAGCACAGUGGGGGAACUCUAGUGGAGGCAUGCGAUCUAGAGUUUCAAGGUGGAAACAAACCUGUGAGCUACUCGUCUCUUCACGGACACGCAAUGUUCUCAAGACCAGGACUUGUGUUGCAAGGCGAUGACGGAAACGGCAUAAGGAACGAUAUGGCAAGAAGUGACAAAUUCUUUGACGCAGGUGUUGCUUAUGAGCUGGUUGCAGGACCGGGCAUUGAGGAGCCACCGUGGCUCAACUAUUUUAGGAAAUGGGGACCAUUUGUCCGACAUGACAUUCAGAAGAACCUUGAUGGUAUCGCAAAGUCAUUGCCGGGACUUUUGCGGAAAAAAUUCAGAAAAUUUAUUAACAAAAUGCCUCGUGAAGUGCUUGAAGAAGAUGGUCCCACUGGACCCAAAGUCAAAAGGUCUUGGACCGCUGAUGACUAAGUUUUCAUUCAUUCGUGUCUAAUUGAUUAAGAUAAACAAUUUAUUACAAUUGGUUACACU